AUGGAGGAUCUCCGGGUCACAGACUACGAUGACCCUCGUGCCUUCUUCGAAGCCACGAAGAAAUACGAUGAUGGGUGGAUGAAUUUCUGCCUCGGCGCCCUGGCAGAUCAGCUAGCGGAAGCUGGUUCAGAGCUCUUCCUCCCAUGGACAUUGUCACUCUGCACCGCGGUGAUCACCUAUUCUACCCAAGGAGUCUUUUACGGAGGCUUCUGGCUCAUCAACGUGCCAUCCUCUACGUCUCACCAGAUCCUGGGCUCGACAGAAGCCCUCUCGUCCGCCGCAGCGCGCCUCGCCGAGGGUAUCUUUUCGCACCUCGAAGACCCCUCGACUUUGAAAGAGUUUCUCGGCCACAAAGACGUCGUCGACGCUCUCACCCGCGCAUGGUCCGCCCUUCUCCAGACGCGUGGACUCGGCGAAGUCAACUGGACCCCACCGCUGCACCCCUCUAUCGUCACCUACGCCACGCGCGCGUCCCAACCCCCACCGCCCUCCUCGCCUUCCUCGCACGUCCCCACGCUCGCGACCGCGGACGACCUCGACGCGCUCGCGCCGCUCUUCGUCGACUUCCAGAAGGAGACGUGGCACUGGCGCGACCCGAUGGACGUCGCCGAGGCGCGGGCGGCGCUCGUCGCGCCCGUCGCGGCGCGGCGCGUGUGGAUUUGCCGCGUCAACGGCGCGCCCGCCGCGUUCGUCGUCCUCGGGCGGUUCACGCCCCGGAUGGCCGCGGUCCGGUACGUGUUCGUCGCGCCCGGGGCGAGGCGGAGGGGCGUUGCGGAGGCGGUGGUGCGCGCGGUGACGCGUUACUACACCGCGGCGGGCGGCGGCGAGGACGUGCGGGAGGACGAAGUCAGGUAUGCGCUUGGGCUGAAUGUGUCGAACGCUUCGGCGGAGCGGCUGUACAAGAAGGUGGGGUAUCUGGUGCCAGACCGGCAGGGAGAGGAGGCGUCGGGUGGGGUCGAUCCAGAGACGGGCAAGACGGGGUGCUCCCUCGACACCUCCACCAACGGCAAGCCCACCCUCACCCUCCGGACCAGGUAUGUCUUCCUGACCCUCCUCCGCCCCCAAGACCUCAAAAUGACCCACGAUUCCGUCUGGUUCUCUCGCCCUCGCAAGUACGGUAAGGGUGCCCGCGAGUGCCGCCUCUGCGCGCACCAGGCCGGUCUCAUCCGCAAGUAUGGCCUCGACCUCUGCCGCCAGUGCUUCCGCGAGAAGGCGGCUGCCAUCGGCUUCAACAAGACUCGAUGA